AUGAUAGAUUGAUAGACAGACAGACAAAUUGAUAGAUAGAUAAGACAGAUGGAUUGAUAGACAGAUAGAUGGAUAGAUUCUAAUUCCAACUGAUGAGAUAAAACGGAGUAAGUUCUAAAAUUCAAACCUGUUGGUUUUAACUCAGUAUCUUAAAUGACAAGACAUGUAGGUUUGUUUGACUCUGCUCAGGGAAUACCCCAAAGCUGUACAGAGGGAAGACAGACAGAUGAAGUGUUUUUGAUGCAGGCAGUGGUUUUGGGAUGAGAAGAGUCCGGAGCGCAGAGGACACGCUGCAGCCUUGUUGCCACAGCGACGGCAGACAGCUCUGCAGUGUUGGCAGGACAGAGUCGCUGAGGCACACAUGCGACACUCUCACGCCCCUGUCUGUGUGAGUGAGAAUGUGUGUGUGUGUGUGCUGGCAGGCCGUGUGUAAAGGCCUGCUCAGGAUGCCAGGUGCAGAUGGACAGCAGCCUGAAGGUCAGUCCUAACGAACCCAUGGGAUAAACUAGAUUCCCGGCUCCGACGGCAUCCGUCCCUCCACGUGUAACCUCAGGACCGGCCUGCGUCAGUCUCCGUCUCUCUAGCAGACAGCUUGCAGGACGAGAGAAUUAACGCGUCCAUCCUUCCUCACCGUUCUCUUCUGAAGGCACAGAGCAGUUGAGGACAACUUGAGGAUAGAUCUUCAGACUUAUGGCACUGACUUUUGAUGGUGAUCGCAGCAUCACGCUUUAGUGGCUUUAUGAUGGGAUUUGACAGUCAGUCUAUUGCUGGAGUUGCGGUUUGUUUUUUGGAGCUUGUGCAAACAGGAUGCAAAACGUGUUAUCUGUCAUCAACUAAUCUACGAAUAUAGUAAGGUUGAGAACUCACAAGUAUAGAAAAUGUAUCCUAAGGUGAUAACGUUAUUAUUCUAAUGAAUGUAUACUGUAUAUAGAGGUAAUAAUUCCUCAAGAAGAUAUGCAAAUGUAGGUACGAUACAUAUUUUAAGUCUAUGAAUAAGUCUGGGAGGAAGAAGACACUUAAAGGAAGAAGACUCAUUAGCUUGUCAGAGCAAGACAGGAUUUGACUAUUCUGUGAUCCAGAAAUAGGCCCUAAUCCCAUCUAUAGGCCCUUUGCAAUUGACUGCCUGAGACCUUCAAUAAGGAAGACAGAUCUCAAUUAUCCUGACAGAUCCACAAUGCCUUGCUCUCCCUUUCGAAUCAGGAGGCUGAAAAAGUUCUGGAAACAGGAUGGAGGAGAGCCCUGCAUCUCUAACACACUAGAUCCUUCACUGUUCCAGCCAUCACUGCCCCACACCGGCCCUGCGUUCCUCAAGACUACUGAUUUAUUUGAAAUGAUUGAGAAAAUGCAGAGCAACAGAAUGGACGAGCAACGAUGCACUCUUCCUCCUCCUCUCAAAACUGAGGAAGACUACAUCCCUUACCCCAGCGUCCAUGAGGUUCUCGGCAGAAAGAGUCCAUUUCCCUUGAUUCUGCUGCCCCAGUUUGGGGGUUAUUGGAUUGAAGGGACCAAUCACGAGCUGAGCAAUGGGAUUGACCCGGAGCAGCUCCUGUCUCCCACCUCACGCUUCAAACUGGAGUGCAACACCACUGCUAAGAUCUACAGGAAACAUUUUCUGGGCAAAGAACACUUUAAUUAUUAUACAGUGGACAGUGCCCUGGGCCACCUGGUGUUCUCCAUGAAAUAUGAUGUUAUCGGGGACCAAGAGCAUCUCCGUCUCAUGCUCAGAACAAAAAUGAAAACGCAUCACGACGUGAUUCCAAUAUCUUGUCUGACCGAAUUUCCCAACAUUGUCCAGAUGGCCAAGCUCGUCUGUGAAGAGGUGAACGUGGACCGAUUUUUCCCGGUGCUUUACCCAAAGGCCUCCAGGCUCAUUGUCACUUUCGACGAACACGUCAUAAGCAACAACUUCAAGUUUGGAGUCAUUUAUCAGAAGUUUGGACAGACUUCAGAGGAGGAGUUGUUUGGGAAUAACGAGGAGAGUCCUGCUUUGGUGGAGUUUUUAGAGUUUCUGGGACAGAAAAUCGAGCUCCAUGACUUCAAAGGGUUUCGUGGAGGGUUGGAUGUGACACACGGACAGACAGGCUCUGAGUCUGUGUACCACAAUUUCCACAACAAGGAGAUCAUGUUCCAUGUGUCAACUAAGCUGCCUUUCACAGAGGGUGAUACACAGCAGCUACAGAGGAAGAGGCAUAUAGGAAAUGACAUUGUGGCCAUCGUGUUUCAAGAGGAGAGCACUCCAUUUGUGCCAGACAUGAUUGCUUCCAACUUCCUUCACGCCUAUGUAGUGGUGCAAGUGGAAAAUGCCUGUUCUGACAACGUCCUCUACAAGGUUUCAGUAACAGCGCGAGAUGACGUCCCCUUCUUCGGACCACCCCUACCCAACCCAGCCAUUUUUAAGAAAGGUCCAGAGUUUCACGAUUUCUUGCUUACCAAGCUCAUCAAUGCUGAAUACGCUUGUUACAAAGCUGAAAAAUUUGCCAAAUUAGAGGAGCGCACCCGGUCUGCCCUGCUGGAGACGCUGUACGAGGAGCUGCACAUCAACAGUCAGGCCAUGAUGGGGUUGGGAGGAGAGGAGGACAAACUGGAGAAUGGAGGAGGAGGGGGAGGGGGCUUCUUUGAGUCCUUCAAGCGGGUGAUCCGCAGCAGGAGCCAGUCUCUGGACACCAUGGGCCUCAAUAUCAGGAAGUACACAGUCUCCAAUAGUCACAACGGCAGUUUCACCCACAACAACAUCAACCACCAUUCACCAGAGAGCCCCAAAACCCCUGGGAUAUCAUUGCUUGUCCCAGGCAAAAGUCCCAGUAAAUAUGGACGGCGUGGCAGUGCCAUAGGAAUAGGAACCAUAGAAGAGUCUUUGAUCAUUCCUGGAAAAAGCCCAACUAGGAAAAAGUCAGGACCCUUCAGCUCUCGGCGUAGCAGUGCUAUCGGCAUUGAGAACAUCCAGGAGGUCCAGGAGAAAAGAAUUGCCGCUCUGUUGUCAGAGGACAGGACAGUGCUCUGUCUCUCUCUACCCAGCGUCACUCUCAAGAAUGGGAGGCUCAUCGUGGAUCCCUCCAACAGUAGGGAGUGCUCACCCAGCACACAGAAGACUCCUGACAGUGGCCACGCCUCCCAGGACCCCAAGUCCGAAAACUCCUCCAAUCAGAGCUCUCCUGAGGUCCUCAUCACCAAGAACAGUUCAAGCAUUUACUGCCGGGCUCCAUCCAUUCCUGAGGCUCAUGACCUAUCCCGCUCCUCCUCUAAUGCCAGCAGCUUUGCUAGUGUGGUGGAGGAGAAUGAAACAGAGGCCACAGAGGACUAUGACACCGGCAUGGAGAGCCUGUCGUCAGCAGAUACUCCUCAUAAACGAGACUCAUUCACAUACAGCUCAUGGCUAGAGGACAACAUGAGCACUACCAGUACAACCAUUCCUGGCAGAACUCAACAACUGGAUGGUGGAAAGAACCAGGAGCAGAACCGUACAGACGUCCGUAUCAAACUUGAGCGACCGCAUGACCACAAAUCCACAUCGAACUGCUAGCCCCUCCUGAUUGACUCUUUCAUGGACAUCCAUCAACAGCAUUUCCAUUAGAAACACCUUAGAGAGACAAGGAGAGCUCUGGUUUAUGCCGUUAAAGAAGAGGACGACGACACCAGUCGGCUGCAGGAGUGACGACAUGUACAUGGCCCAGAAGCACGAUCAUGUGACCAUGCCUCCAUCAGGACACUCACUACCCUCGCAGACUUGACUAGAAACAGGAUGGAGUUGGUUUAAGCUUGUUCUUAACCCCCUCGUGAGUACAUCAGUAAAUGAAAGAGAACCUCCUCUGUAGCAGUGUCUAAUGACAUGUCUUUGUGCGGAUGAGUGGCUAAACUAGCAGCUUGUUUGCAGUCCUAACACUGUGCUAUAAUUCAAUUCUGUGAAGUUUGUCUCCUAAAGGACAUUUCACCUGCUUGCACGAUGAAAGCUUUUUCAGCCCUGUCCCAAAUGAUGGGCUGUGCUACAGGGCGCAUAGAGCAUCCUUCUGAAACCUAAAAUGACAAAUGGGACGUGCUACGGUCUCGAGGACUUGACAAACAUGCAGGCAUCAAACAUUUGCCAGUACAGUACACAUCAAAUGCACUAUUUGGGACAGGGCCAUUUCUCAUAUCCUGAUAUUGAUGUUCUUUCAUUCAGAUUUCAGGUGUAAAACCCCUUGAUCUGAUAUUUAUUGCUGCCCAUAACAGCUGUGUAAUACAUCUUUUGACAUUAUUUAAGAGUAACUCCACUCAAAAACAAGCCAAAAAGCUGUGUUGUGAAUUUCAGUUCAGUCAAAAUGUAUAGUACUUUGAGUAGGGAUGCACCGAUACUAAAAUAUAUCUGAUAUGCUCCUAAUUAUUUUCAUGUUAUGACAGAUAUUAAAUUUAUGUGCUUUUUUGUAAAGAAACAACAAAUAAAAAUAAACUUUUUAAAUGUUACUAUUGAAUUAUGGUAUCACAGCAUUGUAAUGUACAGAAUAAAUUGGGAUAUUCUUUUUGAAAUUUGUUAAAUGCAACGUUUUUAAAGAUGAAUUUUAAGUGUUACAUAACAAAGGUAAACAAAAUGUACAAAUAAAGAAAAAAGUAUGAACAGUUAUACAUCCAAUAUCAGCCAGUAGCCUACUGAUAUUUAAAAUUUCAAAUAUUAGCCAAAAACCGAUAUGGUACUGAUUCUGUAUAAUGUGGAUCCCUAGCUCUUUACAUAUAUAUAUAUAUAUAUAUAUAUAUAUAUAUACAGUACA